CAGUCUGUGCUCGGUCCUGACUGGAAGGACGGGGAGGAGCGGCGGUGAGAGAGCGAGCGACACAAGCAGGCAAGGGGGGAUCAGAGCCAGAAAAACAACCCCCGCUCCCGAGCAAUGACACAGCCAUCCUCCUCCUCCUCCUCACACACAUAGAAACCCAGGCACCAUUACACUGGAAGCACUUUACACCCCUAUAUAGCCACCAUCUCUGACAGACCAAGGGGGGGGAACUACACACCAUAACAACAACAACAACCAUCUGCUGUAAUGUCACUGGAAAAAAUCCCCCUGCUUAUAUAGAUUUAGCUUUAUUUACCUUUUUAUAUAUAAAUAUAUAUAUCCACAGAGACAGGGAGCACCAAAGGCACCAGCUCCAUAUAGCUAAAGAAAACCAGCUGGUGUCACUGAAAUGCUGGCUUCAUGAGGGUGUUGAGAGGAGGAGGACACACAGCCAGCUGCAGCCUGCAAGAGAAGAUAUCCCUGACACCCUCCUUGUAUUUUAUUUGACAGCUAUUAGUAGAAAGGGGUUGCCUACCAGAAAAGAGGCUCUCAAUGACCACCCCCCAAAAUCCACAUUAAUCUCUGUGCACUUAAUGGAUUUAAGGUAAACUAGGUACAGCCCAGUUUCACUAAACCAAAGAAUAUUUGGUGUAUUCCACCCAAUAUUUCCUCCCCUCCCCCUUGCCAGAAGAGGCAGGCUAGUUGCUGUUAAAUGUCUGAAGAGGAUUUUCAUUAGAUUAUUUUUUGGUUUGUUCUAAGAUAAAAUAUAAUCUACAUUACAGUUGGAGACGUGAUCAGAAAAUAUUGAAAACAAAGAGUGGCUUGUCUACGUUAAGCACAAUUUGGCAUCAACAAUCUUUUUUUUUUUUUUAAAUAUAUAUUUUUACGUCCUGAAAAAUUGUAAUGGGGGAUUACGGGUUUGGAGUGCUAGUGCAAAAUAAUACUGGGAACAAGUCUGCUUUUCCAGUCAGGUUUCAUCCACAUCUGCAGCCUGCUCACCAUCAUCAAAAUGCAACAACGAGCCCUGCUGCUUUUAUAAAUAACUCCGCUGCCAAUGGCAGCAGUGCUGGGUCAGCUUGGCUUUUUCCUGCUCCAGCUGCCCAUAACAUUCAGGAUGAAAUUCUGGGGUCAGAAAAAUCCAAAUCUCAGCAGCAACAACAGCAGGAACAGCAAGAUUCUUUAGAAAAACAGCAGCAUUCCCCUAGCCAAAGCCAGGAAACAGGAAUUCUACCUGACCCUGAGAAGGUGAAGUCAGAGGAAAACCAGGGAGAUAGCUCUUCAGAAAAUGGCAAGGAGAAAAUACGAAUAGAGUCCCCUGUGUUGACAGGAUUUGAUUAUCAAGAUGCACCAGGGCUUGGGUCAUCAAAUCAAACCCUAACAUCUUCUGCAUCCCCUUUAACUGGUUUCAGCAACUGGUCAGCUGCUAUUGCCCCAUCAUCUUCCACAAUUAUUAAUGAAGAUGCAAGUUUUUUUCACCAGGGAGGUGUCCCUGCUGCUUCAGCAAAUAAUGGUGCUCUUCUGUUCCAGAAUUUCCCUCAUCACGUGAGCCCAGGGUUUGGCGGUAGCUUUUCCUCACAGAUUGGACCCAUGUCACAGCAUCAUCCCCAUCAUCCCCAUUUCCAACAUCAUCAUAACCAACACCAACAGCAAAGGAGGUCUCCUGCUAGUCCGCACCCACCCCCAUUCACUCACAGAAAUGCUGCAUUUAACCAACUGCCACACUUGGCUAAUAAUCUUAACAAACCACCUUCACCAUGGAGCAGCUACCAAAGCCCAUCACCUACUCCAUCUUCUUCAUGGAGCCCUGGUGGAAGUGGAUAUGGUGGUUGGGGUGGAUCCCAAGGUAGGGACCAUCGCCGAGGACUAAAUGGAGGAAUAACACCGUUAAAUUCCAUCUCACCCUUGAAGAAGAAUUUUGGAAAUAACCACAUCCAGUUGCAGAAAUAUGGUAGGCCCAACUCGGCCUUUGCACCGAAAUCCUGGAUAGAUGACAGCUUGAACAGAGCCGACAACAUAUUUCCUUUUGCGGAUCGCACAAGGACAUUUGACAUGCAUUCACUGGAAAGUUCCCUGAUUGACAUAAUGAGAGCAGAGAAUGAUUCACUGAAAGCAAGGACAUAUGGGCGAAGGCGAGGUCAAUCCUCUCUGUUCCCUAUGGAAGAUGGUUUCCUGGAUGAUGGUCGAAAUGAGCAGACUUUGCACAGUGGCUUGGGGUCACCUCACUGCUUCCCACAUCCAAAUGGAGAAAGAGUGGAACGGUAUUCACGCAAAGUAUUUGUUGGAGGUCUUCCACCAGAUAUUGAUGAAGAUGAGAUCACAGCUAGUUUUCGGCGCUUUGGCCCCUUGAUUGUGGAUUGGCCCCAUAAGGCUGAAAGCAAAUCGUAUUUUCCUCCCAAAGGUUAUGCAUUUUUGCUGUUUCAAGAUGAAAGCUCUGUUCAGGCUCUAAUUGAUGCUUGCAUUGAAGAGGACGGCAAGCUCUACCUAUGUGUGUCAAGUCCUACUAUCAAAGACAAACCGGUUCAGAUUCGGCCCUGGAACCUUAGUGACAGUGACUUUGUGAUGGAUGGUUCACAGCCUCUUGACCCACGGAAAACUAUAUUUGUUGGAGGCGUCCCACGACCCUUGCGAGCUGUUGAGUUAGCGAUGAUAAUGGAUCGUCUGUAUGGUGGAGUAUGCUACGCUGGCAUAGAUACAGACCCGGAGUUAAAAUAUCCAAAAGGAGCCGGGCGGGUUGCCUUUUCCAAUCAACAAAGUUACAUAGCUGCUAUAAGCGCCCGCUUUGUCCAACUUCAGCAUGGAGAAAUAGAUAAACGGGUGGAAGUGAAGCCAUAUGUUUUGGAUGACCAGCUGUGUGACGAGUGUCAGGGGGCUCGUUGUAGUGGCAAAUUUGCUCCGUUCUUCUGUGCGAACGUUACCUGUCUGCAGUAUUACUGUGAAUAUUGCUGGGCUGCUAUCCACUCACGUGCUGGCCGGGAGUUCCAUAAGCCACUGGUAAAAGAGGGAGGAGAUCGCCCAAGGCAUAUUUCAUUCCGCUGGAAUUGAGCGACCCAUUGCUUAGCUCACCUUGCAAGCAUCCAAAUAAGUGCACUCUUCUGUUCUCUUAAUCUCCCUCCUACCAUCUUUAGGAACGCAUGUCCUUUUGUCGUAGUCUGUAUUUUAACAAUAGUAUAACGGAAGAAUGACCUACAUAUAGGUAUUUUGUAGAGUCUUGUGUCCUUGAGAACUGUAUAGGAACGCCUUUGUUUGUUCAUAAUAUCACUCUGAUGCAUGCAAGUUUCAUGCUGUCCUCACUGAAAACCAAGGGAGCAGGGAGACUGCAACGAUUAUUAAUAUAUUUUUUUUUAUUAUUAUUGUUAUUAUUUUAUUUUAACUCUAAAAGGAGAGCUUAAAAUAAGAAAACUAUUGAGCAAGAAGAAAAAGAAAACAAGAGUAUUUUUUUUAAUUAAAUUAUUGUUAAAUAAAAGUAUCGUAAGAAUACUGUUAAUGUAACCAUGCAACCACAAUAACACUAUUGGUCUGUUUGACACAGCUUAUUUUUUACUAGGGGAGAUUUUAUUCUUAUUUUUUUAAUUUUUUUUUUCUUUUUUUUUUAUUCUAAUUUAUUGGGGAUUUUUAAUGUUCUUUUUUUAAAGAUUUAAGUGGAAAAUGUGCAUUUGCCUAUUACACAGCAUAAGUAGUCAAAGAAGCAUUGUAAAUGUAUUUCCCCCCGCUGUCUGGGAGUAUUUGAAUGCUCAAAACAUAUAAUAAAAUAAAUGGCAGAUGCCUCCAAUAUUUACAUACAUAAUAUUUUUUUCCCAUUCCUUCCUUAUUUAGACAGCGACAAAACUGGUUAAAAUCUCCUUUGAGCUUUGAAAUAUUUUAACAGUGAUCUGUUUGCGUUUAAGCUUUUUAAAGAAUGUACAUGAUGAGUGAAGUUACUACUGAGGGGAGUGCACUUAUUUAUUUUUUCAGUGAAAAAAAAAAUU